CAGCACCACCCUCCAGUUCCAAACGCAGCUCCGAGCCAUCCUAUUUUGCUCUUAAGCAACCCGCAUCCCCGGGAUUCAUACAACGGUAUCAGUCGCUUAUUCGACUGCCGGUCCAAGACUCUUCAUGACUCGCUGAGCCGGCAAACAUCGCCAUGCAUUUACACGCCCUUCUUCCGCUCACCCUCCUCCAGCUUCUCACGUCCGCCGAGCCCAUCAGGAUACCCGCCACGAACAAUGGCUUGAUUGUCAGCCCGCGGGCGCGCUCCGACGCGCCGAGUGGCGGCUAUGCCCCGGCUCAGGUGCCGUGCCCGAACGAGAAGCCCACUAUCCGGCGCGCCAACACGCUCUCCAAGAGCGAGACGGACUGGCUCGCAAAGCGUCGCCCGAACACUGUUGAUCCCAUGAUAGACUUCCUGAAACGGGCUAACAUCGAGGGUUUCGACGCCGAGGCCUACAUCAAGCGCGUGGCCUCGGAUGUCAAGGACCUGCCCAAUAUCGGCAUCGCCGUCUCCGGAGGUGGCUACCGAGCCCUGAUGAACGGCGCCGGUUUCGUGGCUGCUGCUGACAGUCGCACCCCCGGCUCGACGGGCAGCGGUGGCAUCGGCGGCCUUCUCCAGGCCAGCACUUACCUGUCGGGCCUGUCGGGCGGUGGCUGGUUGGUUAGCAGCAUUUAUGCCAACAACUUCACCACUGUCACCACGCUCCGCGACGGCCGUGAGGGCAGCAGCAUCUGGAAGUUCGACAGCUCCAUCUUCACCGGUCCUGAUCUGCCCGGCAUCUUUGACACAGUUAGGUACUGGCAUGAAGUUGCCGAUCAGGUCAGUGCGAAGAAGGAUGCCGGCUUUGAGACGUCCAUCACCGAUUACUGGGGCCGAGCGCUCUCAUAUCAGCUGAUUGACGCGCCGGAAGGCGGGCCAUCAUACACUUUCUCCAGCAUCGCAGAGGAUGACGCCUUCUCCAACGCCCAGGCACCCUUCCCAAUCCUGGUUGCCGAUGGUAGGGCUCCCGGUACCAUCGUGGUUUCGCUGAACGCGACCGUCUACGAAUUCAACCCCUUCGAGAUGGGCUCGUGGGACCCUACCACCUACGGCUUUGCCCCGAUAAAGUACCUCGCCUCCAACUUCUCAGGCGGCGUCGUACCGUCCGACGGCAAGUGCGUCCGCGGCUUCGACUCUGUCAGCUACAUCUUCGGUACCAGCAGCUCCCUCUUCAACGCCUUUUUGCUCCAGAACAUCAGCUCCGUGGACGGCGUGCCUGACUUCCUCCUCGACGCCGCCACCGACCUGCUCAAGGGCCUCUCCGCGGGGAAGGACGAUGUCGCUCAGUACGUCCCGAACCCCUUCCUGGGCUGGAACAACGGCUCCAACCCCGCCGCCAACACCGUCGAGCUCGACCUUGUCGACGGCGGCAUGGACCUGCAGAACAUUCCCCUGCACCCCCUGAUCCAGCCGUUCCGCUCCGUCGACGUCAUCUUCGCCGUCGACUCCUCUGCCGAUACCACCUUCUCUUGGCCGAACGGCACUGCCAUGCGAGCCAGCUAUGACCGCACCAAAGGCGACAUCGCCAACGGCACCCUCUUCCCGCCCGUGCCGGACGACACAACCUUCAUCUCGCUCGGCCUGAACAGCCGCCCGACCUUCUUCGGCUGCGACGUCAGUAACUUCACGCUCUCGGCGGGACAAACCGCGCCUCCUCUGGUCGUCUACGUCCCCAACGCGCCCUACACGGCCAUGUCCAACGUCACGACCUUCACGCCCAGCUACCCGCUCGCCCAGCGCAACGCCAUCAUCCGCAACGGCUACGACUCGGCCACCCAGGGCAACGGCACACUCGACAAGCAAUGGCCCACGUGCGUCGCGUGUGCGGUGCUGAGCCGCAGCUGGACGAGGACCAACACCUCGGUGCCGGCUGCCUGCGCCAGCUGCUUUGAGCGGUACUGCUGGAACGGGACAACGGUUGCGAACGCCGCCGUGGUCAGCGGGGGCGGCGGCGCCGAGUACCAGCCUACGUUCAAGAUCGGCGAUGGGAGCUCGUCUAGUCCGUCAGCCGCGGCCGUGGUUGGUCUGAGCGGGAGGUCGGUGUGGGCGUUGCUCAUGGGGUUGAUUGCGGCAGUGGUCGUUCUGUAAUAAAAGGGGGAGCGGGGUCGUUGGAAAGUCGUAAUGAGGCUGAAGCUUCUGGAUCUCUCUGAUUUUCUCAUCGAGUUUGGCAAGGACAGCGAAUCUCUUGCGAUUUCCGCCAGGCACUGUACUGCUCUGUAAAGGAUAUUGGGAUGCGUUA